UUUAAGUGCAAUAUCCGAAGGAUAAGGCAAAUUGUUUUAAAUUUUCAGUUAAUAAAAGGAAUUCCAUCAAAGUGAUCUAUGUACCAAGAUACCUGCUCUGAAGAUAGCAUCUAACAAAGGUGCGAAAAACUUAACAAGUGAAAACAAACAACGGGAUACAUACAUCUAAUGGAAAGACACAACACGCUCUACUGUUUGUUUUUGUAAACAAAGUCUUGACAUCGAAGCAGACGUUAAAGAUAACAAAACUAUUUUUACUGUUGGAAUUUUGCAAGUUUUUAAAUAAUGACAAUUAAUCCAACUCUUGGACAUCUUUAUCAUGACUUCAGCAUCAGCAAUGCUUAUACCGCUCUAGACGCCCAGGAACUUUUUAAAACGAGGCAAAGAAAUGCGCGCGAAAAGCGGCAACUGGACGAAUUCAACAGGUAUCUCAAUAAGGCCCAAGAAAUCAACCUCCGGAGACUGGACCUGGAGGAGAAAUGUGUCCGGCAUCAGCUGGCGGACAUUAACCUCCGCUCAGCCUCACUAAGAAACGGACUGAGACAUGGGUCACUCAGGAGAUCCCAAACCUUCAGCGUCGCUAGUCACAGCACGCAGUCGUCUGCUUAUCCCUCCAUUUGUACGUCUGCUGCGCCUUCCCGCUUCUCUGGCUCACCAUCACAAGUCUCCGGCACCAGUUCCCUCGGGACUGGAGAUCUUCAGCUAUCACGCAGUAAGUCAAAUAUGUUUGUUAGAAAAGUGAACAAUGUUACAAAGUCUCUGUGUAAACUGUACGAAAAACAACAACGACGAAAAAUAGAAAAAGAAAUUUUACUCAGAAAUGUCAGGAAAAAUAACGAGGAAUUACUCCAGAAAUCGAGGGUGCAUUUCAAGGACUCGGACACCACGCAAAACUUGGAAAAAAUUCUAGGAGAUUCUUCCGAACCUUGUAACGAAUUUAUCAAACAAGACACACUCGGUAGCAUUCCAAGUACAGUUAAAAUGGAUACGGCGCAUUCAGAAACAAUUUCUCUUCCUUCCUUAACUAAUGCUGUUAGCUUGAACAAAGAUGUAAGCAGGACCCAGUUCUCGGAGGACACGAGAUCGAAUGUGGUACAGCCCUCCAUGUCUGAUGACAUUGACCUGUCAGAGUUUAAGGUCAAUGCUCAAAACAAGAGAACAAUACCGGAUGUGUGGCAGCUAUACAAACAGAAAAUGGCGGUCGAUGAAGACGAGAUAAAAGAACCUCUGUUGGUAACGAUAACGGCGCGAUAUAGGAGAACCUUGGUGCAUUAGAACUGAUCACUUGUGGUGUUCUGAAUUAAUAGUGUGUACUUCGUGUCGGCAAGUCCUAUAAAUUAUUAUGGAAAAUAUUUAUCACAAAUUUGUUGAGAAUGUGGAAAGAUUAGUGCACAUGUAUAUUUUUCGAAAGUGAUUUAGUUUUAAGACUAUAUGUGGUCAGCAGAAAAGAGGCAGUAUUAACCCCACCUAAUAGAAAAUUGGAAGUCAAAGAUGUAGAAUCUUUGUAUAUACAGAUAUUUAGAAGUAUAUAAGGCCUGGAAGACAUUCUCAAACAAAAAGGAUUAGAGCCCGACUGGUGAAUCACUCUGUAGAUGUCUUUUUCUCUCUCUCUAUUUUACCUCAUUAGAAAAAAAAAGUUUUUAAGCACAAGUGAGUAGGGGGAAAUUUUCUCAGUCGAUAUAGGAAAAAUUA